AUGGUAUUUCGUGCCUUGUCGGAUCGCGUCAAGCGGAUCAAGCAGCUGCGCACACAGAGCAACAUAUUAGUGCAGGCAGUUCAUGCAUAUUGUGUUGAGCAAGCUCGGCCAACAGGAGAGAAGAGAAAGGGUGUUCGGACAAUUGCAGAAGAAUUUGGUGUUCCUAAGCAGUACAAGACUAUACUCAAUCAUGCUACAGGCAAAACUUGGCCCCUCUCAGAGUACAUGACUUCAAAACAGAAGAUAUUAGCUGCUGAGGAGCAUAUUAUGGUCCACUUCCUACUCAAGUCAGCUAAACGAGGCUUUCCCCUCACCAAGGCCUUAAACCCUUCAAAUGUCAAUCACUGGUUUUCAUUAGUCAAGGAACACAUAGUCAACAAGGGCAUCCGACCUGAAGACAUCUAUGGCAUGGAUGAGAGUGGCUUCCCAUUGACAAACACUCAGUCACAUCAGGAGAAUGUGACAGGGAUUGUCACGAUCUGUGCUGAUGGCACUGCUCUCUGCCUGACAAUCAUCUUCAAAGGUCAAAACUUCAUGCAGAAGUGGGGGGACAAUAAUGUUGCCCAUGCCUUUCUCUGUCAUUCACCCAAUGGGUGGACUGAUGCUCAUGUGCUCCUCAUGGAUGGACAUAGCUCACAUUUCACACCUGAGCUCCUCAAGUAUGCGAUGGACAACAAUAUCACCAUCCUCAGAUACCUGCCACACUCUAGCUUUAAUGAAGAAAAGGCAGACUUCACAGGCACAUUUGGACAUGCAUUUGUUAGCACAUUUACUCCAGACCUUGUUAAAACAGCAUUCUGUGUCACUGCUGAUCAAAUGAAGCCAAGCGAGGAGAGUUCCACUUGUAGCACAUUUCUGCUGCCCUAUUCAAGCCCAACACGAGCAGUCCUAGCUGCAUUCACAAAUUAUCAGCCAACAUCAUUUGAAUUAUCCCCAAACACACACAAAGACACUCAACCUAUUGCAGGACCAUCUCAAUUCCCUGGAAGCCAUGAAUCACUAAGCUCAGCAGUUGCGACAAAACCAAAUACCCCAGAUUCACCAUCCCGUCGUCACUAUGACAGCGAAAUCACUGAUACCCCCUCAAAACAUAUGCGCCUGAUGACAGCUUCGCUCUCACAAACAUCAUCUUCAUUCCUUGUAUCAAAGACAUGGAUGUCAAAAGGUCAGUUGGUCCCCGCACCAGUGUUCAAGAAACCACCAGUACUACCAGAGCCAGAUUGGAGCUUGUUGAUUGCAAAACAAGCUUCAGGAGAUGAGAUGAGAGAUAUUGAGCACUGGAAAACUUGUUGCCUGGACCUCGAGGAGGCUCUCUGGCAUGCAAAACACCAACUUGCUACACAUGAACAAAUCAAUGCAGGCCAGAAUGCACAGAUCAUAAUUCAAGAUCUCACCUUACGAAAACUCAAUGAGACCCUCAACACAGUCAAACUGUAUCCAAAGGGGAACAGGCGUCAUAUGACAGAACACCAGUUUAUUGAUGAAUUGAAGGAGGAUCCAAAGCGUGCCAAAAAAGUGGAAGUGAGAAAACAAAGAAAAGCAGCAAGAGAUGUGAGGCAUGGCAAGGGUGUUGAGCUGGUGACACAGUGGAAUGAGAUCAAGGAGAAACAUGCAGCAGCUGUGAGGGACUGGCAGGUCGAGUGUGAGCACUUGAAUGUAGAGGGUGUGAGAAAGAAAGAUUGGCCAAAGAAACCAAAAUGGCCACUAAAGCCCAAGUGA